ACCCACUUUAGGCUUUAGCCCACUCUCUCUCUCUCUUUCUCUCUCUCUCUCUUGUUCAUCUAUUUACUGAGCUUUCUUUCUCUGUUUGUGGAGAGAGUCACUCUCCCUAUGGUUUCUCUCUCAAAAAGAAUAUAUUCUUUGCUUUAUAGUUUUUAGUAGGUGGGUUUGAUUUUUUUAUCUCUAAAGCUCCAAAGAAGAUGCCAAAGUUCCCCUCCAACUCCAGACCAUUAAACUCAAAUUCCCAUUUGAUUUAAAGCUCUGUCUUCUUUUUUUCUUUUCUUUCUCUAUCUCUCACUCAAAAAUCUUGAAGCUUGAGAAGAAGAACAAAGUAUUCUUCUUCUUUAUGCUUCUUACUUAGUCUUUUUGUGCUCUUUUUUUGGUUCUCUGCUGUUGUGUAAGUCAAAAAGACUUAAUAUUUUAGGUUCACCAUCAUCAGAAGAAGGAAAAGAACAGAAAAGAAAAUGAAUGGUUCGGUUCUUGAUGGUAUAAUUAAUAGGCUUCUUGAAGUUAGAGCAAAUCCUGGGAAGCAAGUCCAGCUUUCAGAGACUGAGAUUAAGCAGCUUUGCUUUGUUUCUAGAGAUAUUUUCUUGAGACAGCCCAUUCUCUUGGAGCUUGAAGCACCUGUUAAAAUUUGUGGUGAUAUUCAUGGGCAAUAUUCUGACCUUCUAAGGCUUUUCGAGUAUGGCGGAUUACCACCUCGUUCAAACUACUUAUUCUUGGGGGAUUAUGUAGACAGAGGAAAGCAAAGCCUGGAAACAAUAUGCCUUCUUCUAGCGUACAAAAUCAAAUACCCUGAGAACUUUUUCCUCCUUAGAGGCAACCAUGAAUGCGCCUCAAUAAACCGCAUAUACGGGUUUUAUGAUGAAUGCAAGAGAAGGUUCAAUGUCAGACUCUGGAGAAUAUUCACAGACUGUUUCAACUGCCUUCCUGUGGCAGCCCUCAUAGAUGAAAAGAUACUAUGUAUGCAUGGAGGGCUUUCUCCUGAUUUGAACAACUUGAACCAGGUAAGAAUGAUACAAAGGCCUACUGAUGUCCCAGAACAUGGCUUGUUGUGUGAUCUUCUAUGGUCUGAUCCUAGCAAAGACAUUCAAGGUUGGGGUCCAAAUGAAAGGGGUGUUUCUUUCACAUUUGGUGCUGAUAGAGUUACUGAAUUUCUGAGAAAGCAGGAUCUUGACUUGAUCUGCAGAGCUCAUCAGGUUGUGGAAGAUGGAUAUGAGUUCUUUGCCAACCGAAAACUUGUGACGCUAUUCUCAGCGCCUAACUACUGUGGCGAGUUUGACAAUGCUGGUGCCAUGAUGAGUGUUGAUGAGAGCUUAAUGUGUUCUUUCCAGAUUUUAAAACCAGCUGAUAAGAAGCCAAAGUUUGGAUUUGGCAGUGCUGCAGCUACUACUAAACCAGGUCCUCCUAGUAGAGUGAAGUCAUUGCUUGGUGCAAAGGGAUAAUCGUUUUGAGGAAAAUACCUGUCUUAGAAGAAAAAGCAGAAAUUAAGAAGUUUCUACCACUUGCUUUAACACGAAUUAGCAACUCUUUAGUCUUUAAGAGGCUGCAAUUUUUUUGUUAUCAUCACUUUUUUAUGUUCUAUUAGGGGAUCUUGCCUUUUCACGUUGAGAACCAACUACUUGCAAGACUUGAUCUCCUUCUAUGUAUUUUAUACCCUGAGAAUAUUUGGCAAAAUAGAUCAUUUUUUAAAGUCACUUCUUUACAGAAUGACAUUCUUUUAAUUCUUUACAAAGUAAUAUUCCCGACGCACUUGAUAUCCUAUCAGGAAGAUUACUUUAAAAAGAAAUUAUCGAAUAUCAUUUCGGAGUGACAUUAAAAAAAUAUUUAUUUUCAUUUAUAAGUUUUAUACUAUCCCUCAAAUGAUAAGUUUUCCUUGUAAUAUAAUUGUACUUGAAAUUUUGAUUUGAGUUUUGGUGGAUUAUAAUUAUAGAGACAAAUUUCCCUUUUGUGAAA